AUGCAGAACCCGGUGCGUGAUGCCACACCUUGGGGAGAGCUGAACAGCUCUUCUGGUGUCCGACAAGGUACGCGAUUCAACAGCGGCCAUGGUCAUGCACAUCGGAGGCGCAACCCACUGUUAAGCUCGUCUGAACAGGCGUGUGAGAUGUGUUAUAAGAAGAAAGUCAAAUGCGAAAUUGAAGGCUCCAACACCGCCUGUAUUCAAUGUAUGCGUCAAGAACGCUUGAAGAAGACAGAAUCCUUACUCCGAGCUGCAGGUCUUCUAGACACCGAAGAUACUACUAGUCAACACGAAUCUAGUGGGGAAGAUAGAAAUGGCCAUUCUGAGGAUGAGAGUGACUUCGACCAUGGGCAAGACGAGUGUUAUCAUUCUAAGGGCCGUGGCUCCAGGAUCUUAACGUCAAGAGACACAUGCCAGGGCCCAAACGAAGAGUCGGGCGUAAUGUCUGAUUGUGGUCGCUCAAACAAGUCUAGCGGACGUAGCCAGACGGCACCUUGGGAGAGUAGUCUACAGCAGCCUCCCCUUUUCCGAUAUGACCCUAGAGAAGACUCUCGAUACUAUGGACGAUCUUCCUGUCUAUCCAUAUUAUCUCGAGAUGGAAUUGAGUGGAUCAAGAGCAAAACAGGGGACUCCGGAUGCCUCAACCUACUACUUGAGGACAAGGCCCAGGAUAGCCCAUGGGACCAUUGGCGGCCAGAUGUGUUCCAUGACGUAUUUUCAUCUACGGUCUUCAAGCCCUUACCUCCGAGAGCAGAAGUUUUCUCCUUAUUGAACGAUUAUUUUCGCACAGUGAACCGAUUAUUCCCAUUAUACCAUGAGGCGACAUUUAUGCAAUUGGUCGAAUGGCAAUAUACGCAGCAGACUUGUGAUGAUGCUGCCCGCUGGGCAAGCAUCAAUAUUAUCCUCUCUUUGGCUUACGAGUAUAGAUUCUCCAACAGCCAAAAGUCAGAAAAAGACAGAGAGAAAGCAUGGCUCUAUUACAAGAAUGCUAUGUCGGUCUUCGCAGAGCUCACAUUGCGGAGAACAGAUAUCCUGAGCGUGCAGGCCCUCCUUGGUAUGGCACUAUUUCUUCGAGGAAAUUCUGGUACUCAGUCGGCGUCACCUAUUAUAACCGCAGCCAUACGGUCUUGUCAACGAAUGGGACUCCAUCGUGACGUGCCAAGGUCCCAUCUUUCCCAGUCUGAGCAAGAACAGAGGAAAAGAGUCUUCUGGACUGCCUAUAUCCUUGACCAGAGCGCCUGCAUCCGGACUGGGAGUUCCCCAGCCCAACAUCCCGACGAUUUUGACAUUGGGUUUCCCGAGGUGGAUACUGAGAAUGAAUUUACAAUGAACGAUAAUGCUUCGUUUUUCCGCCAGCUUUGCCACUUGACUCUCAUAAAGAGCCGGAUAUACAGUAGGCUCUAUGCUGCCAAGGCUCUACACAAGAAUUCCCCGAAAGAAAUCUACAAAAUUGUCCGGGAGCUACGGGAUGAACUUGAAGAAUGGCAUAAUGCAAGUCCUUUCACUCAGCGAAUGAAACCAAGAGGAGCGGGUGAAGACUUCCUCAUAGGAUUUGCUACCGCUGGCUUGCAGUUUGGCUAUUACAAUUCUAUGAUUAUGAUCCACCGUUUGCCAUUGACCAUUCAUUUUGCCUAUGUGCGCCAUUCUCCGGUUGGGGUCAAGUGGGACGUUGAUCGCAAAACCAUUCUCAACGAAUCAUCUACCGCCAGUUCAAUUUGCGUUCAAGCUGCCCGAGAAACGCUAAAGCUAGUGAAUAACCUUCCGUGGGGGGACAUAGCCUGGAUUUGGUCUCUCUUGUAUUACAUUUUUCUGGCAGUUACAAUAUUAUUCACUUAUGUCCUUCGCGAUAGUCAACACCCCCACGCCAGAGAAGAUUUACAUCAUCUCAGCAUGGCAGCGACAUUCUUUACAACGCUCAUACCGGGCGACGGGCCCUGUAACUACGUCAAGUUCAUGACCAAGAUGUGCGCCAACUUCGAGCGAGUAGCCCGGACCGUUGUUGAGCGAGAACAGAAGGCGCACAAAACAAGCGAUAAAUAUCCUCAGCCUGGGUCAUCAUCUGCAACCCCGGCAGACCCCAAGGAGAGGUGUCCCUCGUCCAACGAGCAAGCAUCCCAUCCAUCUUCUACCGGAAACAUCGACAUUCCCCAACUCGAAGGCCUCCCACGCAUCAACUCGUCGGGCUAUGUUGUCCCUGGGAGCCCUAGUGAUACCCCAGAAGACAUCCCGUCUACGGUCCCAACCACUGCCAGCAAUUUCUUCCAAGGAGAGUUCUCCGCGAGUCAGUCACACGAGAGCACCAAUGCACCCAUCCCGCAAGACCACCUUUCCGCAAUGGAUAACACACUUCUGAUGUCCAGGGCCGACAAUCUACAGCAACCGGAGGCCUGGCAGAUCCCGCUGACCGCGGACUGGGAAUUUAGCAGUCAAUUCCUGAGCCUUUUUGGUCCACAAUUCUUUGAUCAAGGGGGUACCGAUACCGUGUCAACAAUGGCCGCGAUGGUAGCGCCGCCAAUGUCUUCGGCCGCAACGAACAUGAACAUGGACUUUGGUUGCGAGGACCCAAACAUGCCUGAAAGCACAGAGAGUUACCCAACAUGGAUGACCAGAGGUUUCAUGAAUCUUUUCUAG